CAUAAAUCUUUCUGUUUCCCGCCCCCCGAUCCGGCGCCUCACUCCCUCUCUCUGCCUCCGUCUUCUGUGGGAGAGAGCUUUCACAAUGGAAAAUGUGAGAGUCUUGACAAUCGCAGACUUACUCCAACGCGGCCGUUGCCUCACCGGAACCUCCUCUUUCGGUACCCCUUCUUCCUUUGCUCCAAAAUCAAACCCCUCCAUUUCUCCCAUCCCCUCAAACCCUAACCCUAAUUCCACCACUAAGGUUCUCCCCUCUCUCGACCACUUUGUCCUCAUCAUCGGAACUAUAACUCUCCCCAGCGCCACCUCCACCUCCACCUCCGCUUCAAACGCCGCCGCCGCUCCUCGAUGCUCCUACAACACUUGCUUCCAAUUCUCAGACAACUCGGCCGCCUCGAUCUGCUGCGACGUUCUUGAUUUCGAUGCUCGGAUUCUCGACAAGAGAAUCAAUGUUCUCGCUUGGAAUUUCAUUCCCUUCAAACGUGGCGGUGGGUUCUUGGAGAUUAUCAGAUGGGGGUUUCAGGGUUCAAUAGGUGGAAUUUGGCCCUGUUCGAAUAUCAUUUCUAUGGAGUUAGGCCCUUCCACUGCUAAUGAAGACAGUUCCAAGGCUCGUCAUGGCGUGUUCGGCGCACUGGAGUCGGUUAGCCCUUUCUCCAUUGUUUCAUGUAGAACAGGUGAUAGCAAUUCGAAAAGCUACAAGGCUUUGGAUUCAGGCCCUCCGACAAGCCUCCGCGGCUUCUUAGUCCAAUUUAUGGUUUGUGAGUGUAGAUCAUGCAGUUCAAAGGAGUCAAUCAUGGUUUUGAAGGAUUCAAUUCAAGAAAGAGAUACUCAUUCUUUUACCAAACCAAUGUUUGUAUAUUGUUGCGGUUCUGUUUCAUCCUGGCAUCCUGUAUUUACGAAACUUGUGGGAAAUAUUGUUGCUAUAUCAGGCUUGAAAAAGAAGUUGGUUUUUAUAGGGAAGGAAGAGUCUAAAGUAAUGUGUGUAACUACAGGAAGUUCUGCCUUGCAUUUGAGCAGAUUGUCCAAGAAAUUGACGCCGAAAGUUACAGUAGGUAGAAAGGGAAAUGGGGAAGUUGGUUCGUAUAGAGGGGUAGUUAAAGGUGUGUAUAUGCAAGGAAUGGUUGCGGAAUUGGAUAAUGAGGUGUGGCUGUUGUUAACUGAUCAACUGCUUACUCCACCGCAUAGUGUUAGGGCGGGUGCUCUCGUUUCUGUGAGAAAUGCCCAUUUUGUAAAUCCCAGAUUUUCUUGGACAAGAAGAAUGCUUAUACUUGGUGCUUGCUUUAGGACCAGUGUAAUUGUGGAAUCCUUCUCUCCAAUUGGAACUCGGUGUCAUAUAGCCUCACAAUCACAGAGUUCGUUGGGGAAGUUCAUCGAAUCCUUAGCAUUUUCUUCCAGAUUAUGGGUAUUGCUGGUUGCCUCGUAUUUCCGGAAAAAGUUUGCUGGUAUCUUAUCUGAGAAGGAAAUUUUGGGCUCAAAACAUAAGGGAGGAUUAGUUGAGAUGUAUGCUAGUUCACAGAUGCCUUCGUCAAAGCAUCAAACUCGGGCGGGAGUAUUCAUGGAAUUUUGCAAGCAUGAUUCCUGUGCCUGUGGUUGUGAGCCAUACAUAGAUAAUCUGACUCUGGUGAUCCCCCUGUCUUUUUUCAUAUAUCACUGUGAGCCCGCAUGGAUGAGGGCACUGGACCUGGAAGGUAACAGUAGAAAAUUGCAUGAUGACAAACAGUACAGCCUUCAAUUAUGUGAAGGGAGAUCUUAUGUUCAGUCUAUUAGAAAGAUCUUUUCAAGUGAAGAUAUAGGCAUAACUUUGAUUGGAAGUUUGAAGACUUCUCCAUCUUCCGGAAGACUGCAGUUGGUUGAUGCAACUGGUAGCAUUGAUGUUCUUGUACCAGACAUUCCAUCUACUUGGGAUGCCACUAGAACAAUCAAGGUAGUUGACUACAGUGUCAUUAUUGAAGGCAUGCCUGGAUCUGUGGAUUCCGAAGGAUUGCUUGAAUAUGAUUUGUUCUCAACUCGAACUAUCUUUGAUUUUGUACCAUUGGCAAGAAAGGUGAACUUAACAGUUUGUGUUUACUUUCGCUUGAGAAGUCCGUUGUGCAGAAAUCUUUGCUUUUAUCCUUGUACUGGAUUGGGAGAAGAUUUGAAGAGAUUUGAAAGUGGAACAUUUCACCUGCUAUGGAUUACCCACAAAUUUCCUGUGCUACACAAGUUUCAAGGUGAUGUGUUAACAAGCUCAUUAAGCAUGUUUGUUGAGGCUAUAAUCUUGCCAUGGAAUUUAUCAGUUGCUGAAAACAAUGGUAUUGCAUGUCAAACUGGGGUAGUUGGGGAUGAUCCAAAAAAUUCCAUGGAAUUCUGUGCUGUUGGAUGUUACUUGAAGAAUGAUUCUUUCAAGAGACGGAAGGUUUGUGAUUCAUCAAGGAAGGAACUAAGUUCUGGUUCAAUGGACUGUUCCUAUGAGGCCGUCGGAAAACUGAAUUCUUGUUCUGAGUCUUACAUUGAAUCCAGUGAGGAUAAAACAUAUAGCGACUUGAGUUGUCAUGAAAUAUCUGGUUUGGCUAUAAUCAGCGAAGUUGCUCGUUCAGUUAUGUUGUACUGUUCAAAAACCAAAUUAAAUAGUGGUGGCUUUUGCGGUCCAAGUGGACAGAAGAUAUUGCUCGAGUUUAAGUCUGACAGCUUUUAUAAGUAUCAGCUGUUGCAGAUUGGCUGCUAUUAUAUCACAAAGCAUGAUAUAGAAGAUUCUUUUUGUAAUCUUAAGGGCUCUGACUAUUUCAUUGGUAAAAAAAUUCUCAUCCCUCCCACAACUCAUCUGUGGAGCCUUUCAUUUGGUUCUGAUGAGAUUUGUCAAAAUAACAGUUCAUCAAAGUGUAUUCCAUUGGAUGAUUCUCUUAUAAGUGACGAGCUUCUAUCUGGAUAUCAUAACGAAGUACUUCUUCAGACAUCCAAUGAAAAUUUGUCUGGAACCUCUUCAGACAUGUGUCUUUGUCUGUCUGCAAGCGUAUUAGGUCUUGGAGAGCUACAGCAAAAGGAACUGAAAGAAAGCCUGAUCAAGCCAGUUGUGACACCAAAAGACAUUCCAAAAAUCUCUUCAUGCAUUAGGCCUGUAACGACUGCGCCUCCACUAUCAACUGAAUCUAACCGCAUGUUUCCUGAGGGAAACCUAAUAUCUAUGCGUGGGCAUGUGGUUGCGGUUCAUAGCGUUGAGGACAACUCUGUUGAUCCAUAUUUGAACCGUCAAAACCUUCGUGAUCCUCUUGAGCUGAGAUUCUUGCAGAGGACAACAAGCAGUUGCAUUCACGUGUUGGUGGAUAAUCAGAUUGUAAAGCUAUCUGGUUCUUUGCGCAAUCAUGAUUUUCCAGUCGGAUUUGGACCUGGUGUGGAUGCAACAUUUUAUCGGAUUCUUGCAUUGUGGGAGCAGAAUAGAUGGAUCUUGACAUCGGUAUCAUUUAUUACAAUCCAUUCCAUAAGUGGAGACAAUGAAUCAUGUGGUGUCAAGAGCUCUAAUCCUGCUUCAUACACACCCAAUGCUUCGCCUCAAGAGAUUGUUCGUUCAGGGUUGAUAUCUGAAUUGGAUCAAAGUUUGGACUUCAAGCCAAUGCUGUUGCAUUGCAGGGUUGUUGCUAUCCAUUUCCUGGUUCUAGAGAAGAAAAGUGGAAAUGUCAAUUAUCAACUAAAAAAUCACUUGAGGCAGCAUCUUGUUGACGUCCCACUUGCUGGCUUUGUUCUAGAUGACGGUUCUUCUCCAUGCUGUUGUUGGGCUAAUGCUGAAAGAGCGGCAACCUUGCUGAGGCUGCAUGAAGAAUUCCCAGAGUUAGCUUUUGAAAAUAGUGGCUGGACCUUAAAGUGGGUCAGAACGGACAAUAAUUCAUGGAGUUCCACUAUCUAUCAUCUCGAGAGAAUUUUAAAUAAUCAUCAUCGGAUUGUAGUGAGGAACUAUGGAUCAAUGUUUGAUUCGUCUUAUCAAGAUCUCGCUGUGUCUGUGAGUUCAGAUAAUGCCCUCAGCAGCUAUGAUGAAAACCUUCUAAAGUUUAUAGUCUUCAAUGCUUGCUUCAGCAAAUUUUGGACCAUUGGUGCUAGUAUGAUGGAUUUGGAUGCUGUCAGGCGAUUGAAGAGAGAGAACCUUGUGGAAAUGGAGAUGUUUAUGCAUUCCAUGCAACAUAUAUGGGCCGCAGAAGUUCAACACAUUAACCAUCUGGGUCAGGCCAGGAAUGUUAUUCAAGAACUGAUAGACGGGUAAAUGUAUUGUAUAUUUGUAUUGAUUAGUUAUCUACUGUGUGAGAUUCUGAACAGUGUGUCAAGCGUUUUCAUGAGAUAUGACGAUAGCAUAUUUUGGUACUAAUUGAUUGGAUUUCUCUGUUGAUCAAUGAAUCCAUAGCAUCUUAUGGCUCA